AGGCAAAACCGUGCUCAAGCCACGCAACCUUUGGGCGGGCCAUGAUCCUUUUCACCAGUCGUGCUAUGGCAUGAAGCGAGACAAUGAACAUGUAGGGACACGCACAGUGUCCGCGCAGCCUGAGGUGGUGCGCCGCGAGCGUCCCGCAGAGGUUACCAUCAGCCUCUCAUGGGCAGCAGCACUUGAGCCAGAUGCGCGUAGCAAGUGGCUAUCGCAAGCACUGCAGAGCAUUGCAUCCGGGAGAGCUCGUGCUAGCGACAUCUUUGACGUGGUGACCCAUGCCCGCUUUGCAGCAGGCGUUUCGUGUGCGGUCGCCACCCGGAUGAUGCAGGACUUGCAACGGCAUGUUGGCCUGUUCCCACAGAAACUUGGACAGGCCCUUGCGGCGGACUCCUUUCCCUUAGCUGCCGCUGCCAAAGGGCCCGCGAAGACGGCUCCCAAAGUGAAUCCUGAGGUCGAAGCCAUGCUGGCGCGCUGCAUCGAUUUUGUGCGGCGGAACGAGUCAGCCAUUCAGGCUGUGCACAACCUCGAGUCCAGGACUUUCCAGGUACAGCUGCAGCGAGAGAGGGAGACGCUCUGGGGAAUCACCUGGGCACGGGAAGCCUUCCAGCAGAGACGGCGCGUGGUGCAGCAGUUGGUCCCCGGAAGCCCCGCCGCCAGGUGGAACGAGCAGAAUGGGUGGACUUUGCAAGCUGGGGACGAGUUGGUGGCCGUGAACGGCCUCCGAAGCUGGGAGGACAUGUCUUCUUUCAAGGACCUCCUUGAAGCACGCCUGACCUUUGUUCGAGCGAGGCCGGAGGAGCUGACGAAAGAGCCGGAAGGGCCUCGGCAGACCUUGAGACCGCCCAAGUUUGGGGAGGACUAUUUGCUCGAUGCUUCUGGCAGCGGGUGGUGGGGGCACAUGAGCGGAGCCUGGCUGUUCAACAAGGCUGAGGGCAUCUACUUCCACACCGUUACAGGAAAGCUGAUCAUGGAAGAUUCCCAGACUGGUGACUUCAUCGCUCUUGGCAGCGCAGGCGCCCCCGACUUGGCGCCGCCUGCCCGCCUCAAAGGUUGCAUCCGUUGGUUCUCCAAAGGCUUUGGCUUCAUUGCACCCUGGCCGGAGCUGCGGGAUAGUGCCUCCAGCGAUGUUUUCCUGCAUCGAAGCGAGCUCCUUCCGCCAGAAGGGGAGCCGGCUGCACUUCCCGUGAUUCCUGGGAUGCCUGUGGACUUUGACUUGUCUAUGAAGGACGGCAAGCCAAGCGCAACUUGCGUGCGACAGCUCCUGGAUUUGCACGCGCUGUGCAGGGUGGGCUUCUCCAUUGGGUCUUGCUCCCGCUUUGUGUCCGCCCCAAUCGAGCUGAAGGCAGAAGGUGGCCAGAGAUUGGUGGCCUGCAGCGCUGGCCUGGUGCUGGGGCGCCGUGGAAUGGGAGGCGCGGAGUUCGUGGCUUCCAAUCUCACAAAGGACCUGCAGUGCAGCUUCCGGGGCCGUGAGCUGGGGGGCGUCCGUGGCGCCAAGGCUGCCAUGCUCGCAGGCUUUCAACGAACUCAGCAAGGCUUCUUGCAGUAUGCGCAACACUUGAGCGAGAACUCGGCGCGGCUGUGGCUGGCGGCAGAGACCAGCGCCAGCAUGGCGUUGAUCUUUGGGCCUGACAAGGAUGCGCAGCCCAGCCUGCUGCUGGGCGACGUGGGCUCGGCAGCGCAGGGCCUGGUGGUCCGCAAGGAUGGAAGCGUUUCCUCGCGGAUUUGCUGGCCAGGCGCAUCGAGGGACGAGGAAAAGGCCAAGGACAGCCUGAAGGUCUUCGAGCAUGGCCUGAAAGGGCCGUCUAUCAGCUUUCCGGCCUUUCGGCCCACGACGGAGCCGAAAGGUUUUGGGGCACACGCCUCCGAGAAGGAUGGCCUUGCCGCUGGCCUGUCGCCGCGGAUUGAGCAGUGCCAGCUUGACUGGCAGCAAGAUGCAUGGCUGCUCCUCGGCUCCCCAAGUCUGUGGGCCUGCUUGGACGAGAACAAGGCAGCGCAGCUGGCGACGAUGGCAACGUCCCCUGAGCAGCUUGCAGAGGACAUGCUGAAGGCGCCAACGCGCAGAGCAGGAUUUCAGGACUUUGCAGCGGCGGCUGUGCGCUUCCCCUGGGUGGCCCUCGGACCGCAGGUUGCUUCUGAGGCCAGGACAUCAAGGACGGAGGGCCGGCUCAAGCGCCGCAAGCUGCAGGAAGUCGACGACAUCUUUGCGCCCAGGGAGCAGGAGAGCGAAGCCUCGGAGUCAGAGGCCUGAAGCGG